AUGGGGUGCAUUCAAAUCGUUGCUUCGUUGACGGCUGCAUAUGGGGAGCUACAGGACGGCGAGGGGGAAAGCGAGAAGAGCUACCAGGCGGGCACUGUUAGCAAUGGGCUGGACGACAUAAAAGUGCUCGAGCCGCCUGGCGAGAUGCCGCCGGCGGAGCUACUCAGCACAGACACAACCCCAGCUUCAACGCCAAUUAAUUUGUACACGCACCAAGAGGUCGUGGUCAUCAGCGGUCAGAAGGCGAUUUCCGCCGUUGCAGAGCCGGCUAUGACAAGCCAACAAAAAGUACUUGUCCCAAAUCCGCCGGACUUGACUAGUUACUAUGAAGUCUACGAUAAACGGAUUGCUGCACCCAAGCAAUCGUCGCCACCCGAUAACCCGUGGGAGCAGAUGUUUGGAAGCGGCUUCAAUUGCCGGUUCUUAACCAGCCUAAUGCAGACACUAAACCAGCAGGAUCGGGCCAAUUGCUCGGAAGUGUCCAAGCUGUGGCACUUGUGCUCCCGUGACGCUGAAGUAUGGAAAUCAGUUUCGCUUCGCGGCACAAAGGUCAACAAUUGGCCAGCUUUGGUGCGUGAGAUGGCACGCAACGGCACACGCGAACUCGACAUGAUGGGCGCGAUCAUACCCACUAGCGGUACCCUCGUCGCUGGGGACAUGCGCGUGCUGACGGAUAUGCGCUCGGUGCGCACCGAUCAUACGAUCAUACGAAAGCUGACUUCCUGCACCAGAUCUUCCGUAGCUUGCCUCAACUUGAGAAGCUGA